AAGAAUAGUCAUCUCCUAAAUUGACCAAAUAUCACUCACAAAAAUAAUUCGCCACCGUUAACUUUUAUGUACAAACAUUAAAUUUUCAAAAAAAGAAUUGCUAAUAAUAAGAGAGAGAUAUCUAAGAGAGGCAGACAAAGAUAAGCCAUUAACUCCGCACCAGUUUCGCCCAGUAAGAAGCCUUCAUUUCAGUGCCCAACUAACACCAUCUAUCCUUUCAGUUCCAGACUUCUCCUAAUCUUUGUCAGAAAAUGGAGUUCUGCAUGGAGACAAGAGCCUUGAAGUCAAGUUUACGCAACGAACUAGCUACAAAAUCAACCCAACAAGCUAUUUCUGAAGAUUUCUUUGCUUUUAAUACACCUGCUGUUGUUUCAAGUGAUCAAGAUUUCUCUGUUGAUUGUUUCUUGGACUUCUCUAAUGGUGAAUUCAAAGAUGGUUAUGCACAAGAAGAAGAGGAAGAGAAAGACUCUCUUUCUGUUUCCUCUCAAGACGUUGCUGAUGAUGAUUUUCACUCAAACUCCAGCAGCUUCUCCGAUUCCUUUCUCUCAAGUGAACUCGCUGUACCAACCGAUGACAUAGCAGAGCUUGAAUGGGUAUCUCACUUUGUCGAUGAUUCUUUGUCUGAUGUCUCUCUUUUGGUUCCUGCCUGUAAAGGAAAACCAGAAAGCCAUGCAAAGAACCGGUUCGAACCAGAACCCAAACCCUCUCUAGCAAAAAUUCCUGGUUUUUUCCCUUCACGGGUUCCCUCCAAGGCAAGAACCAAACGGUCCAGACGCACUGGUCGCACCUGGUCGGGUAGGUCGAACCAAACCGAGACACCGUCAUCCUCAGCCUCCUCAGCCUCGUCAAUGCCAUGUCUUGUUUCGGCCAACACGGUUCAAACAAUUGACUCGUUAUCGUGGUUGAGUGAACCGCCAAUGAAAAAACCAAAGAAAAGACUGGCGGUUCAAACUAGUGGGAUAACGGGGUCGCCCCAAUUCCAGCGUCGGUGCAGUCAUUGCCAGGUUCAGAAGACCCCACAGUGGCGAACCGGGCCGCUUGGUGCGAAAACGCUAUGUAAUGCUUGCGGUGUUCGUUAUAAAUCCGGUCGACUUUUUCCGGAGUAUAGACCAGCCUGCAGCCCUACCUUUUCGAGUGAAGUUCACUCGAAUAGCCAUCGAAAGGUGUUAGAGAUGAGAAGGAAGAAGGAGAUGGGCGGACCUGAAUCCAGGUUGAACCAGAUGGUUCCUAGUUUUUGAAGGUUUAUCGGUAACAUGUAGGUUUUUUCUGAACCAGAGUCAAACCCGGUUCAGUUAGUCCGGUUUGUUUUUAGGUUGCAGACAUCGAAUGUAUCGUAGGAAGGGCAUUUCUUAGUUCUUACCAUAGUUUAUAGGGAGAUUCCUAUCUCUAGUCUUGUCUUUUUACUUUAUUUUUCUUAGCGUUCCUAUCUUCUAAUUUCUAAUUUUUUAUAUUGGGAGUAGCGAAGGGGAAAUAUCCAGUCUCUGCCUAUUCUUAGAAUUCCCAGUCUGUUUUAGUUCCUUAGUAUUUGCUAGUAAAAUGCCCAUUUUUGUCAA